CUGCAGUUCCUAAUGUUAUUGACCGCUUCUGCAGCCAGAGAUCACACGGCAAAGCCACCCACGCGCAAAGAUCGCAAAUGGAAAUGCAGCUUGUGCGCGCUGGGUAUCCUCACUGCAGCAGAGCGACGAGCAAUUCGGUCUGUCGUGCGCGUGCUAGCGUUCGCCGAAGCUUAUUGCGGGCAAUUGCAAGACGAAAGCAUUGGUUGCCGCGGCUCCGAACCCGGGCACCCACCGCGUCUGCUUUGACAAGAGUACAAGAGUCAGUGUCUCAAGGAGCUGUCUACGCGCUUUAGCCCCGUUUUGGUCGCCGUUUGCUGGCGGAACCAGCCCAGAAGCUUCUUGUUAUCACAAGCUCGGCCCGAGCGCCAACACACAGUAAUUGUUGAGACUCUCAACUUGAGAGAUGGCAACCAAGGCUUUGCGUUCUUGCACGCGGAAUACUUCCUAUACUGAACAAUUUGUUCGCGAUUCAGAACACGACGCUGUUUGGAGCUUGAAGAUGACCAACACGUACGUGGUAUUAUAGCCACGCGGCCACCAUCAUCAUAAAGUGUAAAGUCCACCGCAGUAAUGGUUGCUAGCAUCCAGGCUGUCUUCGGAAAACUUGCGGCUAGGAAUCCAAGAGCCCAAAAUGGUCUCACCUAAGACUAAAGAGAUCCGUAACAGGCUCAUAAUGAUCUCAAGUUUGUCCAGCAUCCAUGCUUCGUGGCACGCUUCUGGCAGCUUGACAACACGCAGACGAACUGCAGGCACCCACCCUCGUGGAACUGGUCCGGAUAGGCAACAACAAGGUCAAACCGUAUUUGCAAACUUAAGUUUUGCUUGUCAAAAGGUGACGCUUUGCCAUCAACAUUUUCCUGUACAUGGCAGCAGUAAAAGCGCUCCAGCUCCGCGCACAGCUUGGUGAAGCUUCUCAAGGUGUCCUGAAGAGAGCAUGAACGGCAAAGCGCAGCAAUGCCACAGGCAACCAUCGUCGCCGUGCUCUAUCCGAGAGCUUUUUGCGCGAAGAUAGUCCCGAAGACACAAAAUUUGGCCAAACAAGGUAUAGACCCGGCUUCAAUUAUCACAAAAAGCACGACGCCAUACAAAUGCCUUACAAAACUUGACGCAUCACAACAACGUGCAAAUCCAAGUCCGGCCACUUUUUGCGCUGCUCUGAAGGGAAAACGUGCCGCGCGCAUGGUCUCUAAACAACGAGCUUAGCGCCGUACCUCGCCACCUUUGGCGCCAUUCGAGAUUCUUCUGUGUGGAGCGCACGUGGUGGCCAUUUUAGAGGCAACAAUGGCAACCAAGACGACGACGACCAAGCCAUCGCUGGCGACGCUCUCGGCGCGCGUCACGGGCUUUGACUACACGACGUUCCACGCGUACACGACGGUGGUGACGCUGGAGGGAGCGAGCUGGACGCUGGCCAUCCGCUACAGCAAGUUCCUGGCCUUCUACGAGGCGCUCAGGGCCGCGGAUCGUAGCUUCAAGUUCGAUUUCCCGCCCAAGGGCGGAUUCUUCUUCACGCCCAAGCCCGAGGAACGCAAAGUGCGUCUAGAUGCGUUUCUGCAGGCCGUGACCAAGUAUUUCUUGGCCAAGAAGCAGCCGCAGAGCUUUGCCAAGGUUUUGCGUGAGUAUCUGCAGGUGGACAAGAGCUUUGCCAAGGCGAAGAAGAUCUCGGCAAAGAAGGAGGACACGCAGCCAGUGCAGGAGCCUCAGCCCAAGAGCGAGAUCAAGGAGGAGAAGUCCGCACUUUCAGACAAGGCCCAGGAGGGCAAGAAGGCUCUGGUCAACGCUGCAUUUGGCGCUGCUGUCAUGUCCGCCAUCAAGGAUAACGCCAUGGACGCCAAGCGGGGUGACAAGAAGGAUGAUUCUAAGGUUGAGGAGAAGAAGGCGGCGGAAGAGGCCAAGGUCGAGGUGAAGGCGGAAGUUAAGCCUAAGAUUGAAGAGACUAAGGUGGAGGAGACAAAGACUGAGGAGGUUAAGGUGGAAGAGACCAAGGUUGAACCGGUAAAGGCUGAAGAAGUUAAGGACAAGAAGGAGGAAGACAAGGUUGAAGAAGUUAAGGUUGAAGAGGCUAAGGUUGAGGAGGUCAAGGUUGAGGAGCCAAAGGUUGAGGCCAAGGUCGAGGAAGUCAAGGCCGAUGGGGUGAAGCCGAACACUACUACGACUACAACCACAACAACGACAACGACUACCACUACCACGACGUCAACACCCGGUGGAUCUACCGUUGUGGAGACGAACGUGACGAGCCAGCCGACGGCCAACAAGACGGUGGUGGGUAAGACUGUGACGAUCACGAGCAAGUCUGAGGACUCGCACUCGUUCAAGGUGGAAAUGAGUGAGAAGAAGGCGUCGGUGGUGACGCUCACGUCUGCGGCUCAACAAAUGGAGGAGACAUCGGAGCAGAAGCCCAAGAAGAAGAAACGCAGCAAGAGUAGGAAAUCUAUCUCCAAGGCCCCGACGUCCACCUCGUCGACGGCCAGCGAUGGCUUCGAGUCACCCGAUGGCGUGGACCAGGUGUCUCGUGUGUCGCUCUCGGAGGCGCAGAAGAAGGCGCGCAACCAGCGCCGUAAGGAGAAGCGGAAGAAAAACCGAGUCAACGCCAAGGACUUGAAGGCGUAAGCGACCAUCGCGCACCGUGAGCAUUGCUGAAUAAUGUGUCGUGGCUGCAGCUCGUUGCGGCCAAGUAGUUAGGUCAGACAUCUAUCGACACCGGAGAGUGGACAGCAGCUCGCCGCCAUAGGCGCGAGCAUUUGAAGGCUUCGACCGCUUGCUGCGCUUCCGAUAGAUCUACGUGGUUUUUAUAAGUUGAUGGCAAUCAAUGCACUGCAACUCGAAGAAAUGGUGGGUCUACAGUUUAUUCAAAAGAAUCGGAGGGACAUUUCCUUAAGAUCACGCACUUCCGACUGCAGCUCCAGGCGCUCGUUGCACUGAUAGAACACAGAGCAUUGCAAAAGUUAGUGGUGUAUCACUGCCAUUAUUCCCAGUAGGACGUACCAUUGCCAAGACUUCUUUGCGAAGGUCGUUUAUACGCUUCUCGUCACGCUCACGGCGUGACUCGUAGUGUUGGAACUGCUUAUACAACUGACUGUCCUUGUCCGACUCGAGACGUGCCAGUCGCUGUCGGAGUUGACCCAUUUCUCGCUCCAGAGUCUGGAUCUGCGUGUCCUUGAUCUCCAGGAUCUUCUGGACUUCACUGACGCUAACGGUGUCACGCUGGUGUUGUUUUUCCAUCUCGCGAAGUUCUCGAACCAGUUCACCUUUGGCUGUCAGUUGUCGCUCCAGUAACAGAUUCCCUUCUGUCAGUGCCGCCACCUGCGCUCGCAACUCGAGAACAUUGGCAGCGUGUUGCUUGUUAGUAGCUCGCAACACAGCGACGAUAUUCUCGUGGCUUGAGCGCAUGAUGCUGAUCUCUCUCUCCAAUUCUUCCACUCGAGUCGACCGGAAUGCUGCACUUGCGGUAUUACUGGAGAUCGACAGCUUUGGCGGUGACGGAGACGAAGUCGAGAAGGAACUGCAGCUUGACCGACGCUCGAUUGGGGACCGACCUACGUUCAUCCGUCGGAAGAAUAGCGGUCUCUCUCCAGCACCCUCAACUAGCUUCUUGUCUGGAGAGAGCGACUCCACUGUAGUGAGGUCUUGACGACCACGCGGACUUCGUGGCGAUUUGGAACCAACUCGUUGCUUGGAAUCCGAACCUGUCGACGUCUUACUGAUACCAUCCCGAGGACCAGGCACGGUGAUACUCGUAGGCGAGCCUUUGCUAUCGUUCAGUGUGCUGUUGCGGUUGGGUCUUGGUGGAGAGCUUUCAGGUGAUGACGAUGGGGAACUCUGUACAUCAAUUGAGGGUACGCGGAAGCUGCUCGAUCGAGCCAACCGAAAGGAGCAAGUUCUAUCGGAUGAUAGUGCUUGGCCGUCUUCAUCGCUAGUGUCGGUGUCUCGGAUUGAACUUGAGUGUUCGGGUUCCUGUCGUGGCGACGAAGCUGGUGAGUCGCUGGUGGUGCUGGCAUCAGCUACUGCACUAACAUCGAUGGGUGGAAUGUGAAAUGCCGCCAUGACACGUUUAAGGAGGGAAUCACUCUGCGUCGUUUGCUCUUGGGCUAGAUCACUCGUUGGCAUUGCGUUGAUAAAUUCCGCAGAUGCGAUACUUUCAUCUGGAAAUACACUAUCGAGGUGGCUUGGAGAAACUUGAACGCUCUCUGCUCUCAAGACUUGAACGUCAUUGUGUUCAUCGUCAAUAAUUGGAGUAGCUACAGGUCGGUGUUCCAUGAUGUCCGUUAUUGGGAGGAUCUCCAUCUCUGGCGAGACUACAUGUAGUUGAGGAGGCAAUACUUCAUUUUCAGCCAUUGUUGAGGUGUCGGUGGGCUCCUCUGUCACUGGAAAGUGGUUGGAAGGUGAAUACUGGAAGCUGCUGAAGUGGUCUGGUGAUGACGGAGACGUGGUUUCAACGGGUCGAAUAGAGUUUUCAUUGUCUUCUGAAGACGGCACCCUAAAGCUAUUGAUUCGUCGAACGGGGGAUGGCUUGGGUGAUAACGAGAUACCAGACGGUCUUCUUCGAUACUCAGGCGAUGCUGAAGCAGUCUUGUUAGUUGGGCUUCCUGGGCCUCCAGGAAUUGGUAGACCUUGGGAGAAGGAUGAAAACCGCCGGAACGGCGAUGGUGGCUUCAACCCGGAUUUCGCUGUCGGAGACGAUGGUGAACUCGAGACUGGCGAUGCGAGUGGACUCGACUCCCUGGUACGGCCUGGACCCGUUGUCUUGAGAGAAAUGAAGUCCAGCUGCUUUCUGAAACCCUUAAACGUUGUCAUUAAAGGCGAGGUCGGACUCUCGGUGCUAGUUGGAACAGGAUGGACGUUGGUUAGAUUCACUUCUUGCUGAUCCGUCGAUACGUUGCUACUACUACUGCUGCUGCUAUCAUCCGUGACGGGAGAGGGCGGACCCUUGGAAAAGGUCCCUGGUUCUUUGACGUAGUUGAUCUCCUUCCGCCGCACAAAGACACCGUGGUUUGCUGGACAAUGGAAGUAUCGAUCUUUCCCCCUCAUGCCGUCGCUAUCGCCUUUGGGUUCAUCCAGCGCCACACCGUACCAUUCGCCCGAUUCAUUAACCAGUUUUCCAACAUAUUUCACGGUGCCAGUGCGUCUUCGAGACAGCACCACCCGGCUGUUCAGAGGCACUUUCAUUACAGGGGACAAUCCUUGCGUCACAGUCAUUGAUGCUCGUGGCUUCGGAAUGCUGGACGCCAUGAUUAUCUAACGACGGGAACUAAUAGCGCGGCUCGGUGCGUUCGAAUUCCGUGCUUUCGAGACUCGAAUGUUCUGUCGACUUAUGUAGUAGUAAUAGGCUUGAUGCUUAUUUUAACAACGAUGGUCGUCCUCGAGCUGAUCUGGCAGAGUGAUGCUGGUGUGUAGGCAGGCAUAAGACGACAUGAAGCGACUGCUAUUUCCAGUGUCCUACCAUCGCCUAUUUUCAGCUGAUGCUGCC